AUGUUUGUUCUGCUCACACCUGUGCAGGUAUCCUUCAGAGAAAACCAGGGUGAGGCUGAAACAUGUUUUCUUUAAAAUCCGUCAAAACAACAAAAUCUCCGUUUAGACUCUGUGUGUUUCGUUCUUCUCUGGUUGGUAAAAUCGUGCUCCUCUCUCUCUUUGUGGCUUUUGCUUUUUCAUUGUCGAUGAACUAACUGCUACAUUUAGAGGUCACUCCGUUUAUAUUUAGCUGUAUUUGUCUGCUGCUUCACUUGAAAGGAUUAGACCAGUGUCGUUCUCGCUGCUGUUUCCAAAGAUGAUCAAACUCUGUGAAGGAUUUGCCAGAAUCGGAGGCUGAAGCGUCUCUCUGUUCUUGUCCAGGUUUGUUCGGCGUCUCUGCGUCGUUCCCUCUGUCUUCACUCUUCUGUCCUUUCAGCCUCUCCUCUUCCCUCUCGUUCACCUUUCGCUGUCCUUACUUCCUGUCAAAUCUUUGCCUCUCUCUGUUCCUCACUCUCCUCUUUGGCACAAAGCCGAGCUCAGGAAGACUGAACCCACCUCACAUGACCACCACCCGUCCGAAAACCUGCUGUGGUAGUCUGCAGCGGGCGGACGGACGGACGCAGCCAGACUUUCCCCCUCACUGCUCACUCUGCCUGGCCUCCGUCCCGUUCACUCACUCGCUCGCUCACUCGCUCUCCCUCCUGCCAAUACUACGCUCACUGAAUGGAGUUACCUAA